AUGACUUACUAUCCCGACUGGGUCGCGGACAGUUUCCCUCCGGAAAAGAUCGACUUUUCCCGUUUUGACUGGAUCGACUUUGCGUUCGCAGUACCGGAUCAGAACUAUGGACUUGGUUGGGACGGCUCGAGUUCUGCUCCAGAUCUAUUAGGGAGACUGGUCUCCCUUGCUCAUGGAAAAGGGAAGAAAGUCAAGUUGAGCAUCGGUGGCUGGACGGGAAGCAAGUACUUCUCGAAAGCUGUGGCGAACGAUCAGAACCGUCAUGUCUUCGUCAAGAACAUCGCAGACCUCUACCAUCAGUUCAACGUCGACGGGAUUGAUAUUGAUUGGGAGUACCCUGGCCAGGGAGGUAACGACGGAAACAUAGUCAGCCCCCAAGACUCCGCCAACUUCCUCCAGUUCUUAACGCUUCUUCGAUCAUCCCUGCCCCCGACCGCUCGUAUCACCGCUGCGACUCAAACAACGCCCUUUGUCGACCAGAAUGGACAACCUAUGAAGGACGUUUCUGCUUUUGCGAAGGUGUUGGACUGGAUCUUGAUCAUGAACUACGACGUGUGGGGUGCUGCAUCCAAUCCUGGGCCCGAUGCGCCUCUCAGUGACGCUUGCCACAAUUCCACCCAGCCUGACGCAAGCGCAGAUGCUGCCAUCCGAGCUUGGACGGGUGCUGGCUUCCCCGCAAAUCAGAUGACCCUCGGCGUCCCUUCCUAUGGCUACAUCUCCAGGUCCAGUGCUACUCGCCUGCGCCAACGUCAACUAGAUGGUCAAGGUCCUACGGAUCAGGGUCCUCCUACUCUCGACAACAGUACCGCCCCCUCAGACGAUUCCUCCCCCUCCAACGGCACUUUCCCCACCAACUCCACAUUAUCUCAGGAUGCGAAGAAGAACGUGCGUCUGGUGGGAGAAGACGGCCAAGACCAGGGCUCCAUCCAAUUCACCGAUCUCGUCAAACAAGGGGCUCUCUGUCUCGCUCCAGGCUCGUCACCCAAGAGUUACGUCGGAUGUGGUGGGUUCGUGAGGGACUGGGACGCAUGUUCGAGUACACCGUUCUUGAGGUCGGCGAGCCAGAAGCAGGUCAUUGCGUAUGAUGAUAUGCAGAGCCUUGGGUUGAAAGCGAACCUUGUGAAGCAGAAGGGGUUGCUUGGUGUCAAUAUGUUUGAUGUGCAUGGUGAUACGGACGCUUGGGACUUGGUAGACUCGUUGAGGAGCGCGCUGGGAGUCACAGGGAACUGA